GUUGGUUCAGCCCCUGUCUACUCCGGGGUGGUGCUUAGCCGGCGCCAGACCGACCCUCGACUUCGGAGGGGCAGUGCGGUGCCUCUGGGCGCUUCCUCCCCGGCGUCUUCGGCUUCUUCAGCCUCUUCGGCCUCCCUACCCUCGGCUGGGACCCGCGAUCUCAGUGUAUGCCCCAGACCUGACCCCGCUCGAGACAUGUCUACCCCGGCUCGGCGGCGCCUCAUGCGGGACUUCAAGAGGUUACAGGAGGAUCCUCCUGCCGGAGUCAGUGGGGCUCCGUCCGAGAACAACAUAAUGGUUUGGAACGCGGUCAUUUUCGGGCCCGAAGGGACCCCAUUUGAGGAUGGAACAUUUAAGCUUAUAAUAGAAUUCACUGAGGAAUAUCCAAAUAAACCACCUACGGUUAGAUUUGUCUCUAAGAUGUUUCAUCCAAAUGUCUAUGCAGAUGGUAGUAUAUGUCUGGACAUACUUCAGAACCGCUGGAGUCCAACUUAUGAUGUGUCUUCCAUUUUAACAUCAAUACAGUCUCUAUUGGAUGAGCCCAAUCCCAAUAGUCCAGCAAACAGCCAGGCCGCUCAGCUGUAUCAGGAGAACAAGCGGGAAUAUGAGAAACGUGUUUCUGCGAUAGUAGAACAGAGCUGGCGUGAUUGUUGACUUGGGUGCAGCAAAUGAAGAGGCUGGGCAAAUGAAAACUAUAUAUUGAUGUGUUUGUCACCUUCUUAUUCCUCAGUGUCAUCACAUUUACUUCCAUUAAAAGCAAAAUAGUUAUUCUGCUGUUUCCAUCUUCCCUCGCCAAACUUUUCCUACCCCUUCUAUCUUCUCAUUGAACAUCAAAAGCACCCCCUAUGAGAUCAAAUGUACUGUACCUGGGUUACGUGCAAAAAUUAUUAAUGCUUAAUUCCUUUUCUGUUGUAUCUCAUCUCCAGCUGUGGGGCAGUAUUUUGUUACCGUACUUUACACUAAGCUCUUUAAACGAAUUGUUAUACAAGUGGUGCUUCUGCAUAGCUUGAUAACCGGGAUGUUAUUUUUAACAAAAUGAUUUAAGUGUUUCAUCCUGGCUGAGACACUUGUGUUGGACUUAGAAGUGAACAUUUGGAAUAUGGCCUAUUGAAAACAGGGAAACAGAUCCAUAUAAACAUCCAUUUUGAGAUGAAAGUUAAAAAUGCAUUAUU